AUUUUUAAAAUCGUAGAUGCGCGCGAAUUCAACGUAUGCUCUGGCAUCAUUAUGUAAUCAACACCGUGCAGCAUAGUCCGUCUCCGUUGAGGCGCAUGCCGCUUCGCUGCAUAAGCCCGCCUCGCACCCGCCGAUACCCGAGGCGCAAAACCCAGUCAUACCCGGGCUCCCACCCAUCAGAUUUUCCUGCGCCAUCCGUUCGUCGUACCACCCUAUCAAUUACCAUUUAUUGUUCAUCGUUACAAUGGACGAUUCGAAUCCGAGCACUGGCCAACAAGAUGCCAAUUCGAGCUCUGGGUCAAGCAAGAAGCGGACCCACCCCGAAGACUUCAAGCGCGCAUACAAGGCUUGCAUCAAUUGCCGGCAGCGCAAGGCAAAAUGCAUCUUGGGUACCGGGCCAGAUGGAGGCGAGCUAAAGCCGCCGUGUCAGAGAUGCAAGCGCGAGAUGCGCGAGUGCGUUUUUAGGUCGGAGAGGAGUUGGGUCAAGAGGAGGAAACCGGGGGAAGUAGCAAGGGAGGGUGAGGAGGAGGAGGAGGCUAUCAGUGGCGGUGGUGGUACUACGUCGGCGUCUGCGAUGCGCGAUCGACCUCAGUCGAAUCCCGCACCACUGCCGUCACCAGGCCAUAGAUCGUCUAUAUCGACGCAUGGGUUUACGCCGGGUACUAGUCCACAUGUCAAUGGCUCGAAUCGUUCCGAGUUCCAUUCUCCUCAUGGACACCUACGGAGGAUCUCGUCGUCUCAUGGCCAGCCAGAUCUUGCACAUUCGGUGAUGCGAACAGUGGUAUCGAGCGGGAGCGAUGCACUGAAUCUAUUGUUUGAAGCCGCGCAUCAUCGCGAUGCUAUCGACAAUCAAGAACAGUCGGGAUCACAAGCAUAUGAAACACCCAGGUCAGGUCCAUCCGGCUACGACAAUGGCGUUCCGUCGUCGCCAUUCCACACCUUUAGAGCACAGCCGGUGCAGAUGUCGACGCCGUCACCAGAGACGCUGAAGACGUGGACAUCGUGUCGAUUCGUGCAGAUGGGCUGGUUCUCUGCACAUGAGGCAGUAACAUAUGUCGAUUUGUUCUUCAAGAAUUGUUCGCCGUUGUCGCCGAUACUAGGGGAGUUUUAUGCGCAUCACGAAAAUCACUAUACGCUGAUCGCGCUGGAUCCUUUCUUGUGCACUACUAUACUGAUGAUCUCGUCGAGGUACAAUAUCCUUCCUGGCGUGGGCGGCGCUUCGAGAGGCUACUUUGUGCAUGAUAGGCUUUGGGAGCAGUGUCAGCGCUUCAUCAUGAAGAUCAUGCUCGGACAGGUCAAGCCAUCCAAAGCGCAGAGUAGGACUAUUGGGUCGAUAGAAGCCCUGCUCCUGCUAUCGGAGUGGCAUCCUCGAGCGCUACAUUUCCCUACGGCCGCUGAUGGCUGGGAUUGUGAACUUAUGAUUGGCGCAAAUAACACCACAGAAGAAGGCGCAAAGCUGUUAGAAGGGGAUGUGACGUCGAACCGAUGGCUUGAAGAUGUCAUUGAGCCCGCGAAACGCUCCGACCGUAUGUCAUGGAUGUUGAUGGGUUGCGCAUUAUCAUUAGCACAAGAGCUGGGACUAUUCGAGGACAAUGCGAGAAUAGACAAGGACCAGGUGUCGUACCCAAAGUUCACCACGGAAUACCUUAUCCUCCGAAGGAUCCGAGCUCGGAAGCUGCUAUACGUGCUACUCGAACAACUUUCGUGGAGACUAGGCUGCACAUCGAUGAUACCACAGAGCUUAAACCAUGCUUUAAUGGAGAAGAUACCCGUUGACUCUGCGACGGGUGCUGUAGAGCAAUGGCAGUCCUUUAUGAGCGCAUGGGUCGAGCUCACCAAACUCGCCCGGUCAAUCUCCGACACCAUCUAUCCAAACACAGCCACAACACGAAGCUUACUACGCACCGGUCGCUACAUAGGCUUGCUCGAGCACUUCCAACCACUGCUAGUAUCGUGGAGGAAAAAGUACCUCGACCCCUGCAAACUCAAAGUUGGUCUGCACGAUAUGCUCCACAUUGAAUACCAAUACGUUCGUAUCUACACGAACUCUCUUGGCAUGCAGGCAGUCGUCGAACGCACACUCGCGGAAACAGAUCCCGAUGUGCCGCAGGAGGAUAAUCUGCCUUUCAACCUCGAACCGCGGGACUACGAUUUUAUCCAAGAGGUUGUGGAUGGAAGUUGUCAGAUACUACAAAAAGUCUGUCAGCUAUCUGAGACAGGAGCGCUGCGUUACUCGCCUGUACGAAUCUUCCUCAGGAUAACUACGAGUUCAAUCUACCUGAUCAAAGGCCUGAGUCUGGGAUCAAGAAAUGCAAAAUUGCAGAAUUGUCUGGAUAUCCUGGAUGCGGCUAUCCGGGCUCUUCGCGCAAGCACUCUCGACGACAUGCACCUAGCCUCCCGCUACGCGACCCUCCUCGACCUCCACGUCGCCCGCCUCCGCGAAUCCUUUGUCGUCUCCUCUCGUCCCCCUCGCCUACCUUCCCGCGCCACAUCAACCACCCACAACACAUCCUCCAACAACAACAAUCUCUCUUCUCACACUCCAUCCGCUGCAACAGAGGGCAUGGCCUUCUUGAACAACCACAAUGCAGGCCAAAGCAGUUUAUCAAGCUUAGCGGAAAACGUCACCGGCUUGAUGCCGGAUAUGCCGGAUGAUGAUUGGUUGGCGCUGCCUUUUGACCCGGCGAUGGCACCGUUUGGAUUGGGGGAUGGUGGGGUUGGGGGUAACGGGGGGUUUCAGGGAUUUGACGAUGGUACGCUGGACUUCAUAUGGAACUUGCCCAUGUAGAGAAGUGUGAAAAGGGAUAAUGUGAUGGAAUUCAGACUUAGCAAGGGUAAUACGGUCUAGCUGUGUAGCUACAAUACUCGGCUAACUCUGUCAUGGUGGC